UUGUGUUUAAUGUGAUAUUUUUGUGCAAAUAAAAAAUGGCACAAUUGCUAGUUAUACCUCCCAGAAAGAAAGCUACUGUAGCCGAAAAACAGAAUAUAAAAGUAGUGGUUCGAGUUAGGCCCUUGAGUAAACAAGAAAUAGAUGCUAAUGUGAAAGCGAUAAUUAAAUACUUGUCUCAAAAGGAUAUCUUGGCUAAAGAUAAAAGAUUUCAGUUUGAUCGAGUGUUUAAACCCGAUUCAAACCAAAUUGAAGUAUACCAACAUGUUGUUGCACCUAUGAUUCCAGACGUUGUAUCUGGUUAUAAUUGUACUGUUUUUGCUUAUGGCCAAACCGGCUCUGGGAAAACUUAUACUAUGACUGGCAAUAAGAGUGAAAGUCUCAGUAACUGGAAAGAAGACAUUGAUUCGGGAAUUAUUCCAAGAGCUGCUACACAUAUUUUUGAUGUUUUACCCUCCAAUAGACCUGAGAAAUCGGUAAAGGUUUCAUAUUUGGAAUUGUAUAAUGAAGAAAUUCGUGACUUACUCUGUGAUGAUGAUACCCCUCUUAACAUAUACAAUGAUAUGAAGGGCUCAAUUUUUAUCCAAGGUCUAACAGAGGUUAACAUUAGCGAUAGCGAAGGAAUUUGUAAACAGUUACUAAAAGGUAACAUAAAAAGACAAACUGCGCCAACCCUUAUGAACCAUCAGAGUUCUCGAUCUCACACUGUAUUUACUAUAACAGUAUUCACGAAAGAAAGCACGUCUUCUAAUGAAGAGAUUUUGAAAACCGGAAAAAUUAAUUUUGUUGACUUAGCCGGGAGUGAGAACAUCGCUCGAUCUGGUUGCAAAGAUAUGAGAGCUGUAGAACUAGCCAAUAUAAAUAGGUCAUUAUUAACUCUUGGAAGAGUUAUUCACGCUCUUGCCGAUAAAUCUAAAAAACAUGUUCCAUACAGAGAUUCAAAGUUAACUAGAAUUUUGCAGGAUAGUUUAGGUGGUCAUACCAAAACCUGUAUUGUUGCAACUAUUUCCCCUGCUUCAAAUUCAGUUGAUGAAACAUUAAGUACGUUAGAAUAUGCUUGUCGUGCUAGAGAUAUAAAGAAUUCACCGACAGUUAAUGAAAAGCUUAGUCAGAACCAAAUCAUUGACAGUCUUUUUAAUACGAUAAAGCGUUUAGAAUUAGAUCUUGAAGCAUGUCGUAAUGAAGUAGGCUUUUAUAUAAGUAAAGAUAAUUAUAGUACUAUAGUGGAAGAACUGGAGGCUUUAAGGGGUGACAAACUUUCAUUUGGAGAUGUUUUAAAGGAAAAAAAUAAGCAUAUUGAAGAAUUGGAGAGCCAAAUAAAAGCCAAAAAUGAAGAAUAUGAUAGCACUGUUGAGCUGUGUGAAAAAUCUAGAGAAAUAUUAGAUAAGUUAGAACAAGACAUUAAACAAAAAAAAAUCAGCCUCAAGAGAGAGCGCUUCGUUUCACGAACAUAUGAACAGGAAGCUAGUCAAUUGCAAAAGGAGGCUCAGGAUUUACUUAAAACAUCUGAAAUGCUUUCAGAACAAACUAACAUAUUACAACGCAAGCUAGAAACUCAGUAUCAUAUAAAUAAAGCAAAUGAAACUAACGCACGUGCAGCUGUUGCCAAAGUAUUGGAUAUGCUAAACGAAUUAACUGAGGAGAGAAACUAUAUAACUAGUAUGGAUGAUAAGAUGUGCAGGUUAUGUCAAGAAGACAUCGUCGAGUUCAAAGUUGCACUUCAAACCCCUUUAGUUACCUUAAAAAAUAUUUUUGAAAAUUUUGAUAGAAGUUUGAUUCAGGACUUGCCAAUAAAGGAAAGUGUUCUUCGAAUAUUGAAAGAUUUUUUAUUUGUUACUAGGAAACAAAUUUCAGAAAUGAAAUUAAAAUUUAAUGUUUUUUCUGAUGGUCAUCGUAAAUUCUCAAAUGAUGUAUUACAGUUCCCUACAGCUAUUAAUCAAGUUUUUGAAAGGUUUCAAGCAGCUGUUUAUAAUAUGGUAACAAAAAUUAGUGACUUAUUUAAUCAAGAAGAUACGGAACUUUUUAAUAUUAUUGAGCAUUUAGAAGAAGAAAUAUUAACUCGAAAAAAAGAGGAAGAAAUAAUGUAUGAAAAACGUAGACAAAAAGAUAAGUCAAUACUAAGUCAAAUAAAUUCAUUAAAAGAAAUUAUUUCAAAGCGUCAAGGGAAUAGAGAGGAGAAACUAUUAUCUGAACUAAUAGUAUUAACAAAUGAAUCCAGGAAUGAAGUGGAUAAAGUCACUGAAAAUUUUGUAGGUGCCUGCACAGAACUAAAUACAAACUUACCAUCACAUGAAAAUUUAGAUGAGGUAUUAGAUGAAGUGAAGAAAUUUGGUGAAAACGUGACUUCUGAAGCGAGUAAAUUGGAAGAAUUAUACAAAAUAGGUAGUAAUAAUGCAUUGGAGACCCUAAGUAAGACAGUCAUAUCACAUGUGCAGGACGUAACAACAUCUAUAAAUUCUAACUAUGAAUCAUUAAAUAGUCGUAUUGGCUAUAUGAUCGAUGAUAAGCGACAAGAAGACAAUUCAUUUAUACGUUUUAUUAAAAGCACUAACGAGAUACUAUCUGAAGAAUUUUUAAACAAAGUUGUUUCUAUAAAACAUGAAGGUGACACGCCGUCUCGUCAACCAGAAAUUAAACGGAAGGUGCUUGAUUCUCUUGCUCCAAGAGAGGUCCUACUUCAAAAAUUCAGUACAUGUCCAGAAUUAAUAACUGAAGAAGAGGACAAGGAAAAUUAUUCAGCAACGAUAAAUCUGUCAGAAUCUUCCUUUGAAAGUUUCAGAACAUCAAGUUCCGACUUUGAUAUAGGCGAUGAGGCAGGUGGAACUAACAUAGAAUAAUUAAUACUGUUGCUCAUUUUAUUAUUUUUGAAGCAGGAAAUGGCAAGUUUGUUAUAAAAUUAGUUUAAGUAAGGUACAUUCACUUUCCUUGUUUUUAACUCAAACAAAAAUACAUUUAAAAUUGUUUGACACAGUGCAAUUUGAAGUAGAUAAGUAUAUAAAUUAGUCAAACUAUAAUAAAAAUGUUAUAUACUUGAAUAUUUCCUUGCUAUUACAAGCUUUUUUUUCAUGUGAUAUCGUCCUGUGUUCUUUUUAUAUUUAUGUUACGGUUUAGUUCUGCUGUAUUAAAAAGAUAGCCCCCAUAAGCAAUGUAUCACUAAAACUUUAUAGAAUAGCUGUUUGAUAUAUUUAAAUAAUCUGAUUGUGUUACA